AUGGCUUCCUUCACCUCUCCAACAUCUACAGAUGGUCCGCCACUACCCAUCGCCAACCAAAAGAACGCCAUCCCCACUCCCCUCGAUGCCACCCACCUCACCCACACCCUCACGGCCCACCCUCGCCCCGUCCCCUCCGCCACAGCCAUCGCCUCCUCCCCCACCACCAUCUGCACCGACCACAUGAUCCUCGCUUCCUGGAACCACACAACCGGCUGGUCCGCCCCAGCCCUCCAACCCUACGCCCCGCUCAGCCUGCCCCCCACCGCCUCCUGCCUCCACUACGCUACGACCUGCUUCGAAGGCCUCAAAACCUACCGCGGCGACGACAGCCGCCUGCGCCUGUUCCGCCUCCCCCGCAACUGCGCGCGCCUGGGCCGUUCCGCCGCCCGCGUAGCGCUUCCCGUCCCGGACCCUACCGCACUCGCGGCGCUGGUCCGCGCGCUGCUGGCUGUUGAUGCGGGGCGCUGGCUGCCCGCGGAUUCUGCCUCUUGCUCUCCCUACAGCGGCGACGGCGACCGCUUCCUGUAUCCCACCUCCGCCCUCCUCUUCAUCGUCGCGUCGUACAUGCCGCGCCCCGACACUCCUGGCGGGCUGCGCCUGCAGACCUCACCCGCCGACGCCAUCCGCGCGUGGCCGGGCGGCUUCAGGCAUGCCAAGGUGGGGGCCAAUUACGGGCCGACGGUCGGCGUGGGGCAGGAGGCGGCGGCGGCGGGGUUUGGGCAGGUGUUGUGGCUAUACGGUGAGGAGGACUGGUGUACAGAGGCUGGUGGGAGCAACCUUUUUGUUGUGUGGAGGCGGAAGGGGGAUGGGAAGACGGAGGUUGUUACGGCGCCGUUGGGGGAUGGGUUGAUUUUGGAUGGGGUGACGAGGGGGAGUUGUUUGGAGUUGGUUAGGGAGAGGUUGGGUGGGGAGGUGGAUGUUGUGGAGAGGAGGUUUGGGAUUAAGGAGGUGAUGGAGGCGGGGGAGGAGGGGAGGCUGAUGGAGUGUUUUGUUGCGGGGACGGCGUGGUUCAUCUGUGCGGUUUCGCAGAUUCGGCAUCGUGGUCAGGAUAUCCACAUCGGCAUGGGGCCGCACGGCAAUGGCGGCGAAAUUACGACCAAUUUUAAAGGCUGGCUGAGUGAUAUAAUGUACGGGCGGGUUGAACACGAGUGGGCUGAAGUGGUACCUGAGGCUGCGAAGCGAGAAGAGUAG